AAUUCUGAGAUGUGGUUCAAGCGUCACAGUAUUGCUAUUGGAGAGGUGCCGGCUUGUCGUCUUGUCUCCCGCAGGCAGCUGACAGAGGCCAACGUAGAAGAGAUAUGGAAGUCUAUGACAUUAUCAUACUUACAGAAGAGCCUUGGCCUAGAUUCUUUAGAAGAAGUUUUAGACGUUAAACUUGUCAACUCCAAGUUCAUCAUCCAUAAUGUAUAUAGUGUGAGCAAACAGGGAGUUGUCAUCCUUGAUGACAAGUCAAAAGAACUUCCUCAUUGGGUACUGUCAGCAAUGAAGAGUUUGGCAAAUUGGCCUAAUUGUUCGGAUUUAAAGCAACCUCUGUACUCAGGAUUUGAAAAAGAUGUCUUCAAAACUAUAGCAGAUUACUAUGGUCACUUGAAAGAGCCUCUGCUUACAUUUCAUCUUUUUGAUGCCUUUGUCAGUGUAUUAGGUUUGUUACAGAAAGAGGAAAUGGCCGUUGAAGCAUUUCAGAUUUGCUGUCUCCUCCUGCCUCCUGAAAAUAGGAGACAGUUACAGCUGUUGAUGAGGAUGAUGGCAAGGAUCUGUUUGAAUAAGGAGAUGCCGCCACUCUGUGAUGGCUUUGGUGCCCGAACACUGAUGGUUCAGACAUUUUCUCGUAGCAUCUUGUGUUCCAAGGAUGAAGUGGACUUGGAUGAGUUAUUAGCUGCUAGGUUGGUGACAUUUCUGAUGGACAAUUACCAAGAGAUUCUGAAAGUCCCUUUGGCCUUGCAGACCUCCAUAGAGGAGCGUGUGGCUCAUCUACGAAGAGUCCAG